CUGCGCUGCUGGUUGACUGGCUGUCCGAAGUGUUCCCCUUGAGGCGCGAGCAAAACAGUGCGAAGAGUCCCCGAGGGCGCGGAGCUUGGCGGCGUGCGAUAACAAACAAUCAUCUGAAUUGUAUAAUUUACACACGUCUUCAGCUUGUUGUAAGAGUAUGUGCGAUUGUAAUUAAUCCUCCUUCUAGUCUAGCUUGUUCAAAUUUAGUCGAUUGGCGACCGGCCGUUCGAGUGGUUCAGAUUUUUACGGUACUUGCGAAAGGCUUAAGCUUGUUUAGGAAACUUGAGUGAUGGAUUCCGCGGGGCUUGACGAUAGUAGGUUCAUCAUCAGCGGUGGACCAGUUCCGCAGAAUGUAACCGAGGGGCACGGUUCCCUGGGGGCGUACGUCAGGAAUCGCAUGCGACUCAAUGGCAAUGACGUGGGUCUGAUUGAUGGAGUGUUCGGUACGGAGCUGCGUUACCUGGAACUGCUGGAACAAACCGUCCGGUUAGCUGAGUGCCUGCGAACCCUGGCCGAUGUGCGAGUGGGGGACGUGGUUGGCAUCGUCAGCGAGAAUCGACUCGAGUUUCCAGCGGCCCUGUUUGCUUCGAUCUUCCUGGGAGCGACCGUGGCGCCCAUAAAUCUGACCUACACCGAGCGUGAGCUGGAUCAUGCCUUUAACCUGUCCAAGCCAAAGGUCAUCUUCGUGUCGCCGUUUUCUGCCGACAGGGUAGUGGCCGUGGCCCGCCAGAAUCGCCACAUUGUCCAACGGGUGAUCCUGUUCGGCGAUGAGAACCCCUUCGGAAGCGAUGUGCAGCUAUUGGAGGAGUUCCAGAAGCCGGUUUCGUUCGUCAAUCCGAUGAACUUCUACAUUCCGCCGGUCGACGUGGACAACCAUGUGGCGCUGAUUAUGUGCUCCUCGGGGACUACCGGGCUGCCGAAGGGAGUGCAGCUGACGCACUACAAUCUGAUGGCCAGUAUUGCGCUGUUGAAUUUCGCCAGAAAAAGGGAUGAAUCACAAUCUGGAGAAUCCUCGGAACUCCUCGAACCGCCCCCGGGUGGAAUCGUCCUACUCGGCGUUCUCCCAUGGUUCCACGCCUACGGCUGCAUGACCCUGAUCAACGUGGUCUGCAACAAGCAACUGCUCGUAUCGUUGCCCAAGUUCGAAGAGGGUCUCUUCCUGAGCUGCAUCGAGAACUACCGCUGCACGAUGGUGUUCGUGGUGCCACCGCUGGUCGUAUUCCUGGCCAAGCACCCGCUCGUCGAAAGCUACGACCUGAGCAGCGUGGAUACGCUGCUGUGUGGAGCGGCACCGCUCAGCAAGGAGACAGAGGAUUUGGUUAAGGAGCGGUUGAAGGUGCGGUACGUCCGGCAGGGGUACGGCAUGAGCGAGACUACGCUGGCCACGCUGGUUCAGAGCGGCGAGGGACACAAGUCCGGCAGUGUUGGGAUUGUGCAGGUUGGCACGCUGGCCAAGGUGAUCGAUCCGAACACGGGAAGGGCCUUGGGACCGAACCAGCACGGGGAGUUGUGCUUCAAGGGAUCACAGAUUAUGAAGGGGUAUAUUGGGAACGAGAAGGCUACGAAGGAGACGAUCGAUAAGGAUGGAUGGUUGCAUACCGGGGACAUUGGGUACUACGAUGAGGAUCACGAGUUCUUCAUAGUGGAUCGAUUGAAGGAGCUGAUCAAGUACAAGGCGUACCAAGUGCCACCGGCAGAACUGGAGGCGAUUUUGCUGACGAAUGCCAAGAUUAAGGACGCAGCUGUUAUUGGUCUGCCGGAUGAGAACGCUGGUGAGCUUCCUUUGGCGUUUGUUGUGAAGCAAGAGGGAGUGGAGAUCAGCGAGGAUGAGAUUAAGAAGUAUGUUGCUGAUAGGACGUCGCCGGCCAAGAGGCUGCAUGGCGGCGUGAGAUUCAUCGCGGAAAUCCCGAAGAAUCUGAGUGGGAAGAUUCUGAGGAGGGAACUGCGCGCUUUGCUGCAAAAACCGAAGUCCAAGCUGUAGGAUUUGGGCUUUCUGAGUGUGAAAUAAUGGUUACCAUCAUGUGCAGUAGCUUUCAGUGGAGCUCUGAGUGGUUUUAAUUUAAAUAAACGGCUACAGUGCAACUAUAGGGAAUGGA